AUGAUAACAGUUGAUGGAUCCUAUCUUGAAGGUGGCGGUCAAAUAUUGCGUAAUGCUACAACAUUAAGUGUUAUAUUGAAUAUUCCUGUUCGAGUUCAUAAUAUUCGAGCUGGUCGAUCACAAGAUGGAUUACGUCCACAACAUUUAACUAGUAUACAAUUAUUAGCAGAAUUUUCUGAAGCUAAAGUUGAUAAUGCAAAUAUCGGUACAACAGAUAUUCAAUUUAUACCAAAAACAAUCAAAGGUGGGAAUUAUGUAGGGAAUACAAAAACAGCUGGAAGUAUAUGUCUAAUGAUGCAAACUGCUAUUCCAUGUUUACUUUUUGCUAAUGGACCUUCUCAAUUAAAACUACUUGGAGGUACAAAUACUGAAUUUGCACCAGAUAUUGAUUAUUAUGAAAUGAUAUUUCAACCAGUAGCAAAACGAUUUAAUUUCAAUUUUAAUUUAAAUAUUGUUCGAAGAGGUUAUUAUCCAAAAGGUGGAGGUGAUGUUCGCAUUAGUAUUAAUCCAAUUGAACAGCUAACUGCUAUCGAUCUAACAGAUUUUGGACAAAUUAAAAGAUUUUUUGGUCGAUCGUUUGUUGCUGGUAAUCAUUCCAUAGAAAUUGCUAAUGAAAUGGCUGAAACAGCUAAAAAUUUAAUACAUAAAUAUUAUUCUAAAGAUAUUUCAAUAGAAAUUGAGAUUGUUAAAGAACCCGAUAAUAUAGCUACUGGAACAGCUAGUGGUAUUAUGAUUGCUGUAGAGACUACAACAGGUUGUUUACUAGCAGCAAAUGCAUUAGGUAAACGAGGUGUUUCACCCUCGAAUGUCGCAAUACAGGCAACAGAAGAAUUGAUUAAAGAUUUAUCUCACGAAGCAUGUGUUGAUCGAUAUUUAGAAGAUCAAUUAAUUCUGUUAAUCGCUUUGGCUAAAGGUCAUUCAAAAAUUCGAUGUGGACCAUUAUCUGAUCGUACUAAAACAGCAAUUUAUGUCGUUGAACAAUUGACUAACGUUAAAUUUCAUAUAACUGAAAUUCCACAGGUAUCACAAACAUUGACAUCUGCAUCGAAUACUGUAAAUUCUACAACUCUCAUUGAAUGCGAAGGAUUAGGAUAUCAGCGUCGAUUUUAA